UACGACUGCUCCGUACUGGAGAUACCCAAAUUUCAUUGUGACCCAAUUAUUCUGAUUGUCAUAAUGGAUCCAUCCAUGACCCCGACAUCUGGCAUAGCGGCCUCUCAACCGUCUCGUUCCUCACAUUCGUCCAGCUCAGGAAAACAUCUACAGCAUAGCGAUUAUCCACCUUCUGAUGAUAACAACGCUAACUACGACCCAAUGAGCGGUGGCCGGUCCCCAGGGACUGGCCCGGUACCCGUCUCCGAGACUACGCCAGCCAGCGAGACCCGCUUCGAACCCCCCGCUGAUAGUGCCGCUGGCAAACCCUCCAAGUCCCCCAAACGCAAGAAGAACCGCAAUCGCAAGCGUCGCAAUCGGCACCAGUCUUUCAUUCCGCCCAGUAGAGAGGAAUCUCAUGAUCUUCCUGGGGAGGACUCGGGUGCUGGAGGUGUCAGAGAUCCAAUGGAGGCCGAUCGGCCAACCUCGAGGGACACCCCAUCGUUCUUCAAAUUGGGGCGCAAUCUGAGUAAUACAAGCUUGGAGAGUGAUGCGCUUUUAGAUCAUCGGGAUCAACCUUUGAUGCGACCUCGCCGUGACAGUCGCCUCGCAUCUUCAUUCCGCCCUAGCUCUCUCGUAUCCAAUAUCUACCGAUCGAACGAUGGGCAGCCCCGCAGUACCCCAAGAGGCGGACGGAGCCACCAGCAGUACAAUGGUGAUAGUGACGAAGACGAAGUCAAUGACCGGACACCAUUGGUGCGGCCAAUCUCGGGUCACACACCCGGCCAUACUCGAUAUGGAACAGAUACUCGCGCGGGUUUGUUCGCAUCUCGUGCUCGGCAGCCUUCUAUUCAAACUGUUUCUUCGGGAUGUUCGCCAAAGGACAGUCACAGUCCAGUCUAUUCUCCCACUGUGGAGCGAGAUUACGAUGUCAACAACCCGCCAUCCAUUCCCGGGUCUCCAAAAUUGGGCCCGGAGAUGAACUAUGAUGAUGCUGUGGUGACUGGGGCUGAUUGGGACUUCUCUCUCGCGCGGUCGAUGGAGAAUCGCCGGGACUCCUUAAAUCUGCUCAAUGACACUCUGAUUGACAUAGAUGGAAAUGGAUUACAGCCACAUUCUGCGCCAUCCUCUUCUCCUGGAUCACCAUUGCUCUCACCACACCAAGAAUUGCGACGGCGCCGUACCGUGGCAUUGCCAGCCGAGGAGGACGUAUGCUUCCCUACCGAAACAAUAUCCGAAUUGGGAGACGAGGGACCUAGGCAAUUGCGAGAUGAAACCGGUGAGCGCCGGCGCCGUAGACACCGCCGGUGGCCCGAUCUCUCUGCACUGGAAGAAUGGAGCCGCGAGGAGAAAGAGGAGCGCAAUGGAGACCUCAGAGUCAAGAAGAUCAGUGAGCCCAUGUUCAUCGAGGGCCGGUUGCGACCUCAGUACAAAACCUGGCGACGCGAAGAAGAUGAGGCGCCUUAUCGAUUUACCUAUUUCAACGAGGAGUUCCCGAGCACCAUUCAUGCGCAAACCAUUUCGGAGUUGGUACAACCAGGUGGUAGCUUCCGCGAUCUGUUCAUUCCAGAUCCUCCCGAAUUGGAGGAUUCUUCCUCCGACGAGGAAACGGAGGAAGAAUCUCUUAUGGAGAACCCAUCUCUAAACCACUCAACACAACCCAUCACCAAGCCGACAUCCCAUCCAGACAGCCAAGCUCAAGGCCAUCAAACUAAUGUCAACCCUCACCUGACACCUCAAUCUAUUGUCCCAAGCGGAAAGUCUACAAGCGACCUUAUGGCUGGCAAUGUCCCUCCUGCCAGAGGACCAUCGCGUUUAUCUGUCAUCAGUGAAGGACGACCAGAUUCACAUCGAGAGCAAUCACCGGCACAGUCGAAUACAUCGCCCAACGCAACCCCUCAGCCGAAGCCUAAGAAGUAUGGACCGCGACCGACUUUCUGGUUGGAUGUUCUCUCACCGACAGAUGCAGAGAUGCGUGCUAUUGCCAAAGCGUUUGGAAUUCACGCACUGACAGCAGAAGAUAUCAUGAUGCAAGAAGCUCGAGAAAAGGUCGAGUUAUUCCGCAGCUAUUAUUUCGUCAACUACCGUACCUUUGAGCAAGAUAUCAAUAGCGAGAAUUAUCUUGAGCCCGUGAAUAUGUACGUGGUAGUUUUCCGCGAGGGCGUGAUAUCCUUCCAUUUCUCGCAAACACCCCAUCCGGCCAAUGUGCGGCGGCGCAUUCGUCAACUGAUGGAUUACCUGAUCCUGAGCUCGGACUGGAUCUCGUACGCACUGAUUGACGACAUUACCGAUGUGUUUGGUCCGCUGAUUCAGGCCAUCGAAGAUGAGGUUGAUGAAAUCGAUGAAAUGAUCAUGCAGAUGCACUCAUCCAGCAAGGAAGGGUCGUCUAAUGACAGUGUACUUCCCUCAUUCGCCCCAGGAGAGAUGCUCCGACGAGUCGGAGAAUGCCGCAAGAAAGUCAUGGGACUGUACCGACUGCUCAGCAACAAGGCGGAUGUAGUCAAGGGCUUCGCCAAGCGUUGCAAUGAGCAAUGGGAGGUCGCACCCAAGUCAGAGAUCGGUUUGUACCUGGGUGACAUUCAGGAUCACAUUAUGACAAUGACGGGCAACCUUACACACUAUGAAACGAUCCUCUCCCGCGCCCACUCCAACUACCUCGCGCAGAUUAACAUCCUCAUGAACGAGCGCCAGGAACAUACUGCCGAUGUAUUGGGUAAGCUGACUGUUCUUGGUACAAUUGUGCUACCGAUGAACAUCAUCUGCGGCAUGUGGGGGAUGAACGUUAAAGUCCCCGGUCAAGAGAUCGAUAGCCUGACUUGGUUCUGGUGCAUUACUGCCGGUCUGUGUGUAUUUGCAUUCGUUUCAGUUUGGACUGCUAAACGAGUCUACAAAAUUGUAUGA